AUGAUGCGCAAGAAGAGACGCCCCUCUGUGGAAAAAAGCGAAAGUGCUGCUCCACCAGAUGUGUCAAAACAAAUGGUUUUCCAAAAGAGACUCCAGCAACGACUGAAUAAGAGUCCCAGAUACCCCGGUAUUGUCCAGGAGUUCAUCAAAGGACUGGAGUCUCACAUUGAGGAUCCUGAGAGGUUCAGGGACUGUCUCCUCCCUGUGUACCACGCCUGGCCGAUGGGACCUGCAGACAGAUCAGGGCGUGACAAGGAGUUAGCAGGUAAGCUGAUGCAGCUGGUUUCCAUGGCGCCAGUGGAGAUUCAGCGUGACAUCAUCAACAGUCUGCCAGAGAUCCUGGAGGACUCUCAGCACAGUGACAUCGCCAGCGAGCUCAACUCCUUACUCCAGGAAAACACUCAGCUGACUAUGCCCUCUCUAGAUUGAAUCUGAGCUCCACUCUGAUAGCUGAGGUGCGUGUGGCUGUCAUGGCCACCCUGUCUGCUGUCCAGCUGGAGGACCUGCUGUGGUGGUCAAGUUCAUCCUGCACUCCAUCUCCUCCUUAGAUGCCCUAGAGGCUGCCCUCUGAUCCUGACUGACAUGGAUGUGGUGGAGAAGUCAGAGAGCCUGUCCAAGCCUAGUAGAGAGUUCCUCUCUGGCCUGCUCUUCCACACCAUCAACUGGUUUAGAGAGGUUGUGAAUGCAUUCUGCAGUCAGAAAGAACCUGAGAUGAAAAUGAAGGUGGUGACUCGUCUUCAGAACAUCACCUACCUCCAGACUCUAUUGGACAGGACUUUGGCAGAAAUACCUGGCUAUGCUCCUCCUCUAGCCAACUUUGAUGGGGAGAGUACAGAGGGAGCUCCAGCGUCUAGCUCCACCGUUGUUCCAAAGAAGGGAAAGACAAUCUAUAUUUUUAAAGCUUUUCCUGAGAUGAGAUUCAACACUUAUUGUGGUGGUUAUCUUGCAGAGGGUACUGGUAAGAAGAGGAAAGCCCCUGCUAAGAACUCAGCAGCAGACAGCUCUCAGCUGGAGGAGGGCACGGAGGCAGAGGAGACCCAGCAGAGAAGGAGAAGGUUCAGGAGGCCAGCAGGCCAGGGGUCAGUCUUGUGUCCUACCGUCCCUUCUUCAGGGAGCUGGACAUGGAGGUGCUGCAGUGUGGCCUGCUCUCCCGGCUCUCUGCUGGACAGUGAGCUCCACAGCAAGGUAGGACACCACGCAGCCCAGAGCCUGGACAUAUCACACACAAUACUCCCUCAAGGUUGUGCUCUUAUUCCAUUUGAACUUUACCAAUUAAAUACAAUUACUGAAUUAAACAAUCAUAAUAAAAGUGUUAGGCAUUUAUCACAUUCUCUGAAUUGACUCAGUUAACGCCAAAUUGUCUGCAACCUUGUAGCCUGUAUACAGUGGGGCAAAAAAGUAUUUAGUCAGCCACCAAUUGUGCAAGUUCUCCCACUUAAAAAGAUGAGGCCUGUAA